AUGCCACCAAUUCGCAAUAAAAACGAAAAGAAUUUAGCAGAACAUAAAUUGUCUCAAUUUGAAGAGGAAUCACUUGUCAAAUGGGUACUCGAUCUAGACAAACGUGGAUUACCCCCUCGGCACUCUCUUGUUGGAGAGAAAUGGGUCUAUAAUCUUGUCAAACGUCGCCCAGAGAUUGAAUCAAAAUUUUCACGGAAAUAUAACUACGAGCGUGCUAAAUGCGAAGAUCCGAAGUUAAUCCAAGAAUAUUUUGAUCGCGUACGAGAGGUUAUAUCAAAGUACGGAAUCUUACCAGAAGAUAUCUACAAUUUUGAUGAGACUGGCUUUGCUAUGGGACUCUGUGCAACCGCAAAGGCAAUUAAUUCAACUGGAUGGGCCCUGCCUUCAUACAUCAUUUUCAAGGCAAAGAAAUAUACUCGGUUAGGCUGGUUUGAGGAUCUUCCUGAUGACUGGAGAAUCAAUAUCAGUGAUAAUGGAUGGACUACAGAUAAGAUUGGGUUAGAAUGGCUUAAAACCCAUUUUAUUCCUCUUACUAAUGGCCGUGCAAUGGGAAAUUAUCGCAUGUUAAUUCUUGAUGGCCAUGGAAGUCAUUUGACUGCUGAAUUUGACCGUACAUGCACUGAGAAUAAUAUUAUUCCAGUCUGUAUGCCUCCUCAUUCUUCACAUCUUUUACAGCCUCUUGAUGUUGGCUGUUUUGCUGUUUUAAAGCGACAUUAUGGACAGCUUGUUGAGCAGCGAAUGAGGCUUGGAUUCAAUCAUAUUGAUAAACUUGACUUUCUUACUGCAUUCCCAAAGGCUCGUACGAUGGCAUAUAAAGCCCAAACUGUUCGGAAUAGCUUUACAGCAACUGGAUUAGUACCAUUCAAUCCAGAUCGAGUUUAUCAACAGCUUACUGUUCGAUUGAAGACUCCAACACCCCCUCCAUGUCGAUCAAGUGAUACACAAUCAUCCUGCUUGCAAACCCCUCAAAACGCAUGUCAAUUUAAGCGCCAAAUGACUACUAUGAAGAAGAGAAUAAGCCGGCAUACAAGGAGUUCAUCUGAGGCUAUUGGUGAAGUGUUUACACGGGCAUCAAAGGCUUAUGAGAUGAGUAUUAAUAAGCUUACAAUUGCACAGAAGGAACUCCAUGAUCUACGGGCUGCACAUGAGAAGGAGAAGCAAAAACGUCAAAGAUCUAAGCAGCAAAUAUCUCAUGAGCAGGGAAUUACCAGAGAGGAAGCUCAAGCACUCGUACAAGGUCGGGUUGAAGCAUCCCAAGCUGUUACUACUGCUCCGGCCGAGCCUGAGCUUCCAGUCUGUCAUCCACCUGUACGACGUCAAUUUCGCUGCAGUGGUUGUGGUGUUGCAGGACAUAAAAUAACCGGAUGUCCUAAUCGUAUUAGGAAUUGAUUUUUUGUAUAUAAUUAGUAUGUGGGUUAGAAAUUGAGAUUUGAGAUC